AUGGCGGAAUGGGGACACCCCAUAUCUGUCCCCAUUCUGAAGGCACUUGCGGGUGAGAUCCAUCAAAGAAAAUGCAAAACAACCGGCAAAACCCCCAGGUUUCGUAUCUGCGAGGCAAGUGGAAAACUAGUUGCUGGGAGAAAGUGGUGGAGGGGGUUUAAAAAGCGCCACCCGCAGAUAGCCCACCGGGCGCAAGACCCCCUGUCGAGGGAGAGGGCAAAAAUGUCCAGCCAGGAGACGGUAGAUGAUUUCUUCAAGUUGUACACUAAGAUCGUAGCAGAGAACCGUCUACAAAACAAGCCGAAUCUUAUUCACAAUUGUGAUGAAACCGGGAUAUCGAUGGAAGUCAAUCGGGGGAGAGUUCUUGUGCCGAAGGGGGUUAAGGGGGUCCCAUGCAAAAGCUCUGGCACAAAAGACCGUGUAACAUUCCACAUUGCUGUGACUGCAGAAGGUAAAACAUUGGCACCCAUGCUCAUUUACAAGAAGAGCUUUCCCAGUGGAGCGUACACACAAAGUGGUUCGGAUAACACCCUGUACGCAGUGUCGGAGUCGGGGUUCAUGGACAAAGACCUGUUCGAAAAAUGGUUCUGCAACCACUACGUCCGCACCCUCCCUCCGGAUAGGCCAGUACUUCUCCUCCUUGACCAAUGCGAGGCUCACCUAUCAGUAAAGACAAUCCAAACAGCACUAGAUGAAAACAUAAUCUUACUUGGCCUCCCCCCACACACAUCCCAUUUUUUACAGCCCCUGGACAAGACCUGCUUCGGUAGCCUUAAGGACACCUUAGGCUCAAUCGUUCAGGGGCUAAUGUUCGAAAACCCGGACUUUCAGCUGAGCAAACGUAACAUAAGUAAGGUCGUCAAAGCCGCUUAUGAGAAAUCGUUCACCAUGACCACUGUGAAAAAAGGGUUCAAGUCAACGGGGUUGUACCCAUGUGACAAGAAUGCUGUGAGCAAAAGGUGGGUGAAUGUAGGGCAGUCAAUCAUCGAUGUCCCUUCAACGUCUCAAGAAGAUUCCGAAGUCAACAAUGGCACCCAUGUACCAUCAUGCCAGCCCUGCAGGGCCCCAGGAUGCAAGACAUGCGGACCACCUCGCACAAACGUGUUGGUUGGCAGGAUGGUGCCAACCGAGCUGUCGGACCUGCUAGUUCCGCCACAGGUACAAGAGAAGAAGACAAGGGUUUCCAAGGCCAUAAAAACGGCGCGUGUUUUCACAUCGGCGGAAGUUCUACAAGAGCAAAGUGGAGAAAAAGAAAAAGAGGGAGGAGAGAUUGGCGAAGAAGAAGAAGAAUGA